UCCGCGCGCCAUUCCUCCGCGUCCUCCGGCAGCGCGUCCCGCCUGCCGCGCCUCGGCCAUGGCGGGCCUGGGGCCGCGACCCGCCAAGGGCUACCGGGUGGUGCUGCUCGGGAGCGUGGCCGUGGGCAAGACGGCCCUCGCCACGCAGUUCGCCUGCGGCAGAUUCCCCGAGCAGUGUGAGCCGUCGGUGGAGGAGCUCUUCAGCAAAGUGAUCGAGGUGAACGCGGCGCCCGCCCUGCUGGAGAUCGUGGACACCGUGGGCGCCGAGCACCUGGUCACCCUCAAGGACCUGUACAUCAAGAACAGCGACGGCUUCGUGGUGCUCUACAGCGUGUGCAGCGAGGCCUCGUUCGAGGCCGUGCGGCCGCUGCGGGAGCGCAUGGGCCGGCUGCGGGGGCCCAAGGCCGUGCCGCUGGUGCUGGUGGGCACCAAGGCCGACCUGGACGCCCAGCGCCAGGUGCUGACGGCGCAGGGCCGCGCGCUGGCCCGCGAGUGGCGGUGCCCGUUCCUGGAGGUCACGGCCAAGAGCAAACUGAUGGUGGACCAGGUGUUCACGCAGGUGGUGCGCGAGAUGGAGGCCCUGGCCCCGCCCGAGGAGGAGGCUCCGGUCGUCCCCGCGAACGUCCAGGAGACGUGGCCGUCGGAAAGAUUCAUCGGCUGAUGCGCCACGGCUCGCGUUCCGUGCGUCUCUCGCUGUCGUGAUUUCUGAAGCUCAGUAUUCCGACUCUGCCAUUUUCAAGAGUUAUCUGGCUGUAAACAAACGGUUACUUCUGUACACGGACUCAAAUCCCUGCUUCAAACUGUCCACAGAGCUUCCGAAAUAUUUGUCGAAAACUUUGCAACCGUAUUUACCUUUCGACAGUGCUGGAAGAAGACACCAAAAAUCGAUUUUUUUUUUUUUUCCCUGUGGGGAAAGAGUACUAUGUCUUCAAUUGGAAUGUGUUACUGGGAUUUUCUUUUUAUAAUUAACACCUUUGAAUGUCAUCCGACAUUUGAAGUUGAUUGAGGAACACGAACUCAAGUUUAAGCUUUGGAUUCCCUGCGCUCUCAUGUGUUCCUUUCUCAGUUACAGGCUUGAACUGCAGUAGUAAUAUUUUCCUCUGCGCGUAUUUCUAAAUAUAGUUAUGACAUACGUAGCCUUGGUCUGAAAGGGAUAUUGUACACCCUGGGAGGGGCAAAAUCAACUCUGCUCAGGCAAAGAGCUCAACUCUGCCUUCGGUUUUGUAAUUGACAUCGAGUUGAUUUCUGCAGCUGUAAAUUGACUAAAAAUAAAAUGACUUUAGAAGGUGA